AUGAAUCUCAUAUCUGACCUCGCCGGCCUGGUCGCCCAGCAGAUAUCGCUCUCGUCGUUGACCCUGGUGUCGUCGCUCACCUACUACAUGUGGUUUGUGGGCAUAGUUGCCACCGUCACGUUCCAGUACCGUAGAUACAUCGCUUCCAAGCUGCGCCACGCUGUGAAGGCCGAACCAGCGGAAAAGCCCAAGCUGUUGUUUCCGCUGAUUGCCGAGCACACGUGCAUCGAGAAACUGUCCUCGAACGGGUCUCCUUGUAAUGAGAACGGCCCUCAGCCUUGCUCCACCGGCUUGACCACCCGCUUGCUCCCAUUCAAGAACGAUAAGGGUGAGAUCGACUGGGUCUUCUCCGACGACCUUGCUCCCGGCAACGACUUGGAUGCUUUCAAGGUGUCCCCCAUCAACCGUUUCGUCAAGAAUGACGUCGAGCCUACCUCUCACCUCGCCUCCAACAACGCCACCACCGUCAGCUCCGAGAUUGGCUUGUCUCCGGUCACAUCCGCGUCCUCCAACAACGACUCGCUUCUGGGCAAGAAACUGCGUGAUCUCUCGGUUCUGCAGAUCCACACGCCAUCGUCCUCUUCCAGUGAAGACCACAAGGACGAUGACGAUGAGAAUGGCGACCAGAACUACCAGUGUCCUCACUGUUCGUCCAACUUCAAGAUGAGGGGCUAUUUGACUCGUCACUUGAAGAAACAUCUGACCCAAAAGGCUUACAAGUGUCCAUUCCACGACAACGUCCAGUACAAGCCGGAUGCCGAGGGCUCGUUCAAGUGUCACCCUACCGGUGGCUUCUCUCGUAGAGACACAUAUAAGACCCACUUGAAGUCCCGGCACUUCACUUAUCCUCGUGGAACUUCCACCAAGGACCGGACUCAAACUUCCGGAACCUGCGGCAUGUGCGGCGAAUGGUUCCAAAACGCUGAGAUCUGGACAGAGAUCCACAUCGAGGGUGCCGAGUGUAAGUUUUUGCCUGCUGGCUUCAAGGGCAAGUCGCGUAUCAAGAACAGAUUGAAGAAGCAAAUGGCUAGAAUGAUGAAGGAACAGAAACAACAGGGCCACAAGACCAGUCCUCAUUAUUCGUCUCUCAAGUCCGAGUACCAGUCUCCAGCUUUCGCUACUCCUGUCUCCACAGUCACGCCGUUGUUCAACUCAUCAGCAAAUGACUUGAGCGAUUCGCCUACCCAGUCGGUGUCAUCCGUCGGACCAUCUACAGUUGCGUCUACCUCGGCGCCAUAUCUUGCCACUCCACAGUUGCUGGACCUUCUGCAAGCCGCCAAGCACAUUUCGCGCCCUCACACUGCUGCAAACAUGGAGCAGAUGGCCUCCAUGGAUCCAUUGACUCGUGACCCAGCCUUCGAUUCCAAUCUCGAGGACUACGACGACGAGUAUUGUCUAGAUACCGAGCAGAUGAGCUACCCCAUGCCACUUCAUAAUGCGACAAUGAUGCAUCCCGACCCAUACUCCAACGUCGGCUUCCCUACGCAGAUGUCUCAUAUUAUGUCACAGUAUUCCCAUUAG